AUGGUAAAUGAGAAACUGGGUCCAAUAAGCAAUGCUCAUGUUGUUCACGCUGAUAUGAGCGAGUAUGGAGCAAUGGAUGAGAAGUGCAUUCAGUUGGCAGAACUAGCAGCAACUGCUGUGGACUUCCCCAAGACAGGCAAAAUUGUGUCAAUGCCACCAUCCCUUCGACCAAAAUUAUAUCCUGACUUCAUGGGAAAGGAGGAUGCCAUCUCCUAUAAAUCAGAGAAGAUCCUUGGAAGGCUUUAUCGGUCAAUCCAAGAAGCCUCCAGUGGUGAUUUGGUCCCAGAAGAAACUUGCACGUUAAACGAUUUGCCUUAUGAUGCAGAUAUGGAAGUUCCUGGUGCAAUGGAUUUUCUCUCAAAUGCUUGGGAGUGCAAGUGCUCAUAUGAAACACAACUGAAUGCACUGCUCAACCAAUAUGGCGUGCGCACUGAAGCAGAACUUGUUACAGAGCACAUAUGGUCGCUUCCCAAAUACAGCAGCAGAAAGCAGGGGGAUAUAAAGGAGAGGUUGAAGAAUGCAUACUCUGCUCUCCACAAGGAGUUCAGGAGCAUUUUCGAAAGCUUUGUGACAGAUCAAACUGAGAUCUCUGAUGAUGAGAAAAAACGGUUUUAUGAGAUGAAGGCCUCUGCAUGGUACCAGGUAACCUACCACCCCAAAUGGGUCCAAAAGUCAAGGGAAAUGCUCAAACCUGACUGUGAGGACAUGCCAGCAAGGCUUAGCUUUGCAUGGAUCGCGGUCGAGCACCUGGCACGGAUUAAGAUAAGGUGCCAUGGAGAAGUGAAAGUGGACAGCCGAAGGCCCGUUGAGAGGCUCGCAACCUACAUAUCUGGGAGCAUGUGA